UUUUUUAUCGCUGUGUUGCACAAGACACAGCCGAUUGUCCGUUUUGGGAGAUACAAAACCGCAAAGUGUGGUAACCAAUAAGGAGCUUUUGUCAAAAACUAGCUUGGACCAUCGCCUUUUUCCUCGAUUACUGUUAUUAGCAAAUGUUAUGGGCCUAACCAUUCUCUUUCUUUCUUUUUUUAAUGAUAUUCUCUCUCGACAAUUUUUACCUUCUCCGUCGUCAUUGUUUACAAUGAUGGCGGAUUAGGAAACUGCCUUCUAUUGAUUUACUUAAAAAGAUCACCAAACUGCCAUUACUGCCAGAGUGUAAAAUCUUGGUUUUUCUUUUUUUUCUUGUAAUCAUGGAUAAUAAUCAACAGCUUGAUCUUUAUGCAAGGCAAAUGCUUAACAAUUACUGGCAAACCGGUGGGACACCACCGCCUCCUUAUUAUGCCGGCCCAAUGUGGCCCAACCAUCCAUCGUCUCUUCCCACGGCUUCCCCAGCCAAUGGAGCCAGCCACACUACCACAACCACCACGGUACAAGGGAGGCCCAGUUUUUGGAGUCCUCGACAACCGCGAAAGAAGAGCUUUUUCAGAAAAAAGACGGUCAAAGAACCCAGGCAGAAUCAAAUGACGGCGCCUGCCGCCAACGUACCACCGCCGUCUUCCAAAGCGAUGAUGGUCCAACCACCGUAUGCAACUCAAACUGCUCCUCCACUGAUGGCACCCUAUUUCUAUGCACCACCGAAUUCAAUUAUGGCAAUGACCCCACCACCGCCACCGCCACCAAUCACAGCCCCUGCCGCGCCGAUCACCACCAAAUCCUCCCUGCCACCCCGUCGACCAAUCAAAACCACCACUUCCAACCCCAGAGAAAAUUCCAAUGAUAGAUGUACCAUAAUGUAGUCGCGUAGCUGAAUCCCCUUUUUUGGUUGUUAUUGUUGUUUAAAUUAUAUAUAAAGAUGUCAUUUACUGC